AUGGGCAGCCCCAAGGCGGGGCCAUUGGCAUUUAUUUAGUUCACUGCCGCAGAUGAUGCCUUUAGUGCCACAAACCACCCUGGAGAUAAGUCCUAAUCGUCUGGGGGGGCGGUGAUUAUGUUCAGUUCUUCUUCCCCAAGCCCCCCAGACAUAAUUCAGAUCCAAACUGGAGAGACAGGCAGGCACACAAGAGGGGACCCCGGCACUGCACAGCCCCUCUGAAGCCAUGUACAGGAGCAGCUUCCUGCGCGAGGUGCGCAAGGAGAAGUACGAGCGGUCGGACGCCUACGAUGAGCUGCGAGGCUCCCCGGAAUUCGACAGCUUGGCCCAGGCCCGGGGCUUGGAGAACCUGCAGGAGCUCAACGAGCGCUUCGCCAGCUACAUCAACCGGGCGCGCGUGCUGGAGCAGCGCAACGCCAUCCUGCGCAAGCAGCUGGAGACCUUCCAGCGCAUGGAUGAGCUGGUGGGCUUGGACGAGGCCUUCGCUGGGCAGAUCGAGUUCAACCGGCAGCGGAUGCGGGAGCUGGCUUCGGACCGAGCCAAGCUGGAGCGGGAGGAGAAGGAUGCCCAGCGCAUGCUCGAUGAGUACCGCAACAAGUAUAGAAAUGAACGUGAAUAUCAGCAGAAGCUAAAAGAAACCCUGGAGCGCCUUAACAAAGAAGCUGAUGAAGCCUUGCUGUGCAACCUGGAGCUGCAGAUCGAGUCCCAGUUCCUGCAGGAUGACAUCAAUGCUACAAAGGACAGAUACAAGAAGAACCUCAUGGAAAUCCAGACCUAUGUCAAUGUCUUGCAGCAGAUCAUCCAGACAACUCCUCGUGUGUCCCCAAUAACCACUGGCAUAUGUGAGGAAAAAGUGAUUGCAGAGAGGAGGAUCCCAGUUCUGCAGAGCCAGCUGGAGGAAUACAAGAGCAUCUUCUGCCAGCUACAGGCACAGAAAUACAAGCUGCAGACAGAGACAACCAUGCUGGAGCAAGCAAUUAAAAACACCCAGGAGAGUUAUGACGAUGAAAUUCAGCUUUACAAUGAGCAGAUUGAAAACCUUAGGAAGGGGAUAGAGGAGGCUGAGAGGAUCUUGGAGAAGUACACCACUGACUGCCGCCAGCUGGUGAUCUACCAGCAAUCCCUGGAGAACGAGCUGGAGCGGUACAAACGGAUCAUCGAGAAUGAGGACAGCCGGUUAAACUCUGCUAUAGCAGGAACCCCAGUCACACUCUUCACACAGAUUUACCGACCUGCCCAGCCUCAGGCUUCAAGGGGAAGAGAUAUCACCCAGGCCAUGCAAGACAUUGCCAGUGUAAAGCCCAGGCAAAAAGGCCUGACAAAGAAAAUUGCCAGAAAAAAGGAGCUGAUGUCAAAAGACAUAACCGACAGUCACUCGCCUGAAAGAAUGUACGAAAGAACUCUGGAAGGUUUUGACCAAGAUCAGAUGGAGUUUAGGCAUGAAGGCUCAGUCAGGUGUGAACCUGAGCAAGAAGGAUCAGAAUUUGAUGAAAAAGAAAUGGGCCCAGAAGAUGUACCUGAUGGAGCCCAAAUAAGUAAAGCCUUUGAUAAAUUGUGUAAUAUCGUGAAGGAGAAAAUAAGAGUCCACAAGAGACCAGAGGCUAAGUCUGAUGCCCAUCCCAAAGGGCGUUAUGUGCUGGUGACAGGGGAGGAAGGCCAUGAAGAACCAUGCAUCUUGGCCCCCUCUAUCCCUGCUAGGGCAGGGAUCACAGUUUCCACUGGCAAUGGGAAGGUGAUGAAUGGUGGUGACGUGGAGCCCAUACCAGAGCUGCCAGAACCUGCCGAACCACCCGAAAAAGAGAAAGGGGAAAUCUGUGAAAGGAGAGAAGAGUUUGAACUCCCAGAUAAACAGAGAGAGGAGGGAAAAGAAGAUGUGCUUGAAUGGGGGAAAAGAGCAAGAGGAAAAAUUGAGCAAAUCACAAAGUACCCGGAUAUCUCUGAGCCUGAGACAGUUCCUUCCCCUGGUCUGAUAAGCCCAACUGAGCCAGGACUCCUUCGGGAGACAGAAUAUGAGCGAGAAGAUAAGCAGGGCCUUUUGUUCAGGGAAGCAGCCUUACCUGGCUCUAUGAGCUAUGAGAAGGUGGAGGUGGUGGAGUCCAUUGAGAAGUUUUCAGAUGACAGAAUUCAGACGUAUGAAGAGACAGCAAUGAUUGUUGAGACAAUGAUAGAGAAGACAAGCAAGAAGAAACCAGGUGACAAAGGCACUUAAGUGGCACAUACCCUCUGAUAGUCGACUUGUCUGGCAUAGUUAUUAAAUGACUGUGUUUUUUUCCUGACCGAAUGAUACAGUAGUGAGAUUUUUGCUGUUUGGUAUGGCACAGAUUGAAACCUUGAUGGCAAUUCUGUCUGAUGUAGGCUCACCUUUGGUGCAACAACCAUUAGUGCUCUCCAGGGCACAUCCUAUGCAACUGAUUUUCAUGAUUAAGACACAUGGGAAAAAAUUAUUAUGACAGAGCUGCCUGGCUUUCCACAGUAUCUGGGACAAAUUUGCAUAUUCCUCUACUGCUCCUUUAACUGCUGUACAACCCCCCCCCACCUUUGAGACAGCUGCAAAUGUUAACUUGUGACAUCUGGUUCAUUUAAUAAAAGUUUUGCCUUCUACCGAAGAUACACACUGUGGGUUUAUUUUUGCCUAUAACAUUGACUCAC